AUGGGGGUUUUAGGGAAGGGUCUCCUCCAGGCCUUUGAUGACCGAGAGUGCAAACUGGCGGCCUCCCGCUGGGCGGCCGUGGAGACCGCUGGACCAGAGCCGGAGCGCCCAAGCCCCUACCCAGGGCACCAGAUCCCACCGGUCACUCUCCUGACCACAAAAGCCACGCGCUCUUGGGAGCCAGCCCCGUCCACCCUGCCUGUCCCUGGACACCCGCCCCUGCCCUGUUCGGCCGCAGGUGACCGGGUAUCCGGCUCCAAGGCCGAGCAGGGGAGUCCGCAAUGUGCCACAGGCGCUGUCUCCCACAAGUACCGCCAGAUGGGGCCAUGGGCAGGGGACGACUCAGAGACAGAGGACCAGGUGACCCUGGCCUGGGGCUGCCCACUGCCCGCCUGGAGCCGGAAACCUCUGAAGCUCGGCCAGGGUCCCGGGGAGCGCCGAGCAGGGGGCAACGUCCUGUCUCUGGGGGUGCUGCCCCCCCGAGCCCCUCUGCAGAAGGGUGAGCCCCUGGCGGCCCCAGCAGCAUGGGAGUCAGCGGCUUUCCAGCAGCAGCAGCAGCUCGGGGGCCUGGCUGCACAGAGGCGUGCCCGGGGAAGCGCCAGGGGUGUGGGGCACGUCGGGCGGGAGGAUCCCUCCGGGCCGGGACCUGGGGAGCCCUCGGGAAACCAGGCUCCACCCGGCGGCCACGCCCAUCUCUGCCCGUCUCCGGCUGCUGGCCAGCCCCGGGCGAGUGCCCACUGUUUACCUGGGAUGGGUGUCGGCCGCAGGAAGCUGGCCCCGCUCUGGGCCCUGGCUCUCACCCUGGCCUGGGCCCGGCACACAGGCCCCGGGCUGAGUGGGUUCUCAGGCCCCUGGGCCAGCCUGGCGGAGCGGCCCUCCUAUCCCUGGGUCCCCCUCCCCAUGCACCCCCAGUUUACCCGCUCGUUUUCCCCAUCUGGGCCUUAUGGGGGCUUUUCGGGAGCCUCAGCCUUGGGCCGAGGGUGUGAUAGGCCAGGCCCCUCCUGCCACGCUGGCGUGGCCUCUGAGGGCCUCAGAGAUCGGCCUUCCAAGCCGCGCCAGGUUCUUGGGGCAGCCUCGGGGCCGACACGGCCAGCCCUCAGCUCUCCUGCCCUGUGCGCCCCUGUGCUGAGCCGCCCCCCGUGCAGUGGCCCUGAGCACCCCCUCUACGGCUCUGUGGAACAUGGCCACGAGUACCUGGACCUCCUUCCUGUCACCCAGGGGCCCGCUGAGUGCAGGGCUGAGAGCUUCCGGCCCCUCGGGAUGGCGUGGCAGAGGCGCAGGGCGGAGGCUGUCGCUGGAGGAGGCUUUGCUGCCCGAGUAGAUGCCUACGCCCAGCAGAAGCCAUGUGCGUGGGGGGCGCUGUGUCACCCUGCCCCUGCUCCCGCAGGCGACCGGCUGCGCGGCGUGACCAUCCUCCCCCCUCUGAGGACAGCGCCGGUGGUUCGAGCCCUGAACCCCGCGCACAACGGGCGGGUGUGCAGCACCUGGGGCGACUUCCACUAUAAGACCUUCGACGGGGACGUCUUCCGCUUCCCGGGCCUGUGCAACUACGUCCUCUCCGCGCACUGCGGGGCCGCCUACGAGGACUUCAACGUCCAGGUCCGCCGCGGCCUGGAGUCCAAUGUCACCACGCUGGCCAGAGUCACCAUGAAGCUGGAUGGCAUGGUCAUCGAGUUGACCAAGAGCUCCAUCCAGGUCAACGGGCUCCCAAUCCAGCUGCCUUUUAGCCAGUCUGGUGUCAUCAUCGAGCACAGCAGCAGCCACCUGAAGGUGGUGGCCAGGCUGGGCCUGGUCUUCAUGUGGAGCCAGGACGACAGUCUCCUGCUGGAGCUGGACUCCAAGUACUCGAACCAGACCUGCGGGCUCUGUGGAGACUUUAACGGUGUGCCUAUCUUCGACGAGUUCCUCUCCCACGGUGUCAAGCUGACCCCCAUCGAGUUCGGGAAUCUGCAGAAGUUGCACGGGCCCACGGAGCAGUGUCAGGACCCUGCACCUGUGCCCCCGCUGACUUGCUCACUGGGCACCGGCAUCUGUGAGGAGAUCCUGAGCAGCUGGCCCUUCCGGGGCUGCAACGCCCUGGUGGACGCCAGCAGCUACGUGCAGGCCUGCCGGCAAGACCUCUGCCUGUGCGAGCACGCCGAGCUGACCAGCUGCGUCUGCCAUACGGUCGCCGAGUACUCCCGCCAGUGCGCCCACGCCGGGGGGCGGCCCCUGGACUGGCGCGGCCCCGACCUGUGCCCCCAGACGUGCCCCCUCAACAUGCAGUACCGCGAGUGCGGCUCGCCCUGUGCGGACACCUGCUCCAACCCGGAGCACUCCCAGCUCUGCGAGGACCACUGCAUGGCCGGCUGCUUCUGCCCCGAGGGGACGGUGCUCGACGACAUCGGCCAUACGGGCUGCAUCCCUGCACCCCAGUGCGCCUGCGUGUACAACGGGGCCACCUAUGCUCCGGGGGCUGUCUACUCCACAGACUGUGCCAACUGCACCUGCUCCAGCGGCCGGUGGAGCUGCCAGGAGGUGCCAUGUCCUGGCACCUGCUCAGUGCUGGGGGGCGCCCACUUCUCCACGUUCGAUGAGAGGCAGUACACAGUGCACGGAGACUGCAGCUACGUGUUGGCCAAGCCCUGUGACAGCAGCGCCUUCACUGUGCUGGCGGAGUUGCGCAGGUGCGGCCUGACGGACAGUGAGACUUGCCUGAAGAGCCUGACCUUGAGCCUGGACGGGGGGCACACGGUCAUCGUGGUCAAGGCCAGCGGGGAGGUGUUUGUGAACCAGAUCUACACCCAGAUGCCCGUCUCAGCAGCCAACGUCACGCUCUUCAGACCCUCAACCUUCUUCAUCAUCGCCCAGACCAACCUGGGUCUGCAGCUGGACAUCCAGCUGGUACCCACCAUGCAGGUGUUCCUGAGGCUGGCGCCCGAGCUCCGCGGGCUGACCUGCGGCCUGUGCGGGAACUUCAACCAGAACCAGGCCGAUGACUUCCGGACCCUCAGCGGCGUGGUGGAGGGCACGGCCGCCGCCUUCGCCAACACCUGGAAGACCCAGGCCGCCUGCCCCAACGUCAAGAACAGCUUCGAAGACCCCUGCUCCCUCAGCGUGGAGAACGAGAAGUACGCUCAGCAUUGGUGCUCCCAACUGAAGGACCCCCACGGCCCCUUCGCCCAGUGCCACGCUGCCGUGAGCCCCGGCACUUACCACUCGAACUGCAUGUUCGACACGUGCAACUGUCAGAAGAGCGAGGACUGUCUGUGUGCGGCCCUGUCCUCCUACGUGCACGCCUGUGCCGCCAAGGGGGUGCUGCUCAGAGGCUGGAGGGACGGCGUGUGCACGAAGCCCAUGGCCACCUGCCCGAAGUCGCUGACCUACCAGUACCACAUCAGCUCCUGCCAGCCCACCUGCCGGGCCCGGAGUCACGAGGACGUCACCUGCGGCAUCCGCUUUGUCCCCGUGGACGGCUGUGCCUGCCCCCAAGGCACCUUCAUGGACGAAGUGGGCAAGUGUGUGCCGGCCAGCAGCUGUCCCUGCUACCACGAGGGCUCCGUGGUCCCCAACGGGGAGUCGCUGCACGAGCGUGGGGCCAUCUGCACUUGCACGCAAGGCUUGCUGAGCUGCAUCGGAGGCCACACCCCUGCCCCAGUCUGCACCCCGCCCAUGGUCUACGUCGACUGUCGCAAUGCCACGCCGGGGGCCGCCGGGGCCGGCUGUCAGAAGAGCUGCCUCACCUUGGACAUGGAGUGUUACAGCCCCCGGUGCGAGCCCGGCUGCGUGUGCCCCGACGGGCUGGUGGCCGACGGUGAAGGCGGCUGUGUCGCCGUGGAGGACUGUCCCUGCGUGCACGACGAGGCCAGCUACCUGCCCGGCCAGACUGUCCGGGUGGGCUGCAACACUUGCACCUGUAAAAGCAGGAUGUGGCAGUGCACACGUGAACCCUGCCUGGCCACCUGCACGGUGUAUGGGGACGGCCACUACAUCACCUUCGAUGGGCGGAGCUACAGCUUCAGUGGCGACUGCGCGUACACACUGCUUCAGGACCACUGUGGUGGGAACAGCACUGCCAACGGGACCUUCCGAGUUGUCACGGAGAACGUCCCCUGCGGGACCACGGGCGUCACCUGCUCCAAGGACCUCAAGCUCUUCCUGGGAAGCUACGAGCUGAAGCUGAGUGGCGGCAAAGUGGAGGUGAUCCAGAAGGGCGUGGGGCAGGAGGCCCCCUACUCCAUCCGCCAGAUGGGCAUCUACCUGGUGGUGGACACCGAGGUCGGCCUGGUGCUGCUGUGGGACAGGAAGACCAGCAUCUUCCUCAAACUCAGCCCCGAGUUCAAGGGCCGGGUCUGCGGGCUGUGCGGGAACUUUGACGACAAUGCCGUCAAUGACUUCACCACGAGGAGCCAGUCCGUGGUGGGCCACGCCCUGGAGUUUGGCAACAGCUGGAAAUUCUCCCCGUCCUGCGCCGACGCCCCGGCCCCCAGGGACGCCUGCGCCGCCAACCCGCACCGCAAGUCCUGGGCCCAGAAGCAGUGCAGUGUCCUCAACAGCGCCACCUUCGCCGCCUGCCACGCCCACGUGGAGCCCGCCAAGUACUACGAGGCCUGCGUGGGCGACGCGUGUGCCUGUGACUCUGGGGGCGACUGUGAGUGUCUCUGCACGGCCGUGGCCGCCUACGCCCAGGCCUGCCACGACGUGGGCGUGUGCGUGUCCUGGCGGACCCCGGACAUCUGCCCCUUGUUCUGCGACUACUACAACCGUGAAGGCCAGUGCGAGUGGCACUACCAGCCGUGCGGCGCGCCCUGCGUGAGGACCUGCCGGAACCCGAGCGGCCGCUGCCUGACCGACCUGCCGGGCCUGGAAGGCUGCUACCCCAAGUGCCCGCCAGAAACCCCCAUCUUCGACGAGGACCGGAUGCAGUGUGUGGCCACGUGCCCCACGCCCCCACCGCCACCGCCCUGCCGCGUCCAAGGCAAGUCAUACCGGCCGGGGGAGAUGGUGCCGUCUGACAGGAACUGCCAGUCCUGCGUCUGCAGCGAGAGUGGGGUGCAGUGCGCCUACGACACCGAGGCCUGCGUCUGCACCUAUGACGGGCGGCGCUUCCGCCCGGGGGACGUCAUCUACCACACGACCGACGGCACGGGGGGCUGCAUCUCCGCCCGCUGCUCGGCCAACGGCACCAUCGACAGGAGGGUCUACCCCUGCAGCCCCACCACCCCCACGCCACCAACCACCUUCUCCUUCUCCACACCCCCGCUCGUCGUGAGCUCAACACGUCCAGCCCACACGUGCCACAGCCCUGCCAAGAGCACGGUGCGGCCCAGCACUCGGAGUGGUGCCCCGUCCUCCACCCCGGGCACGACCUCCGGUCCUCCGACGAGCCCUCCCCGGCCCCGCCAGGCCUGUGGGGAAGAUUGCCAGUGGUCACCGUGGCUGGACGUCAGUCACCCGGGACGGGGCAUCGACAGCGGUGACUUCGACACACUGGAGAACCUCCGUGCCCACGGGCACCAGGUCUGCCCGGCGCCGAAGAGGGUGGAGUGUCGGGCUGAGGACGCCCCCGAGGUACCGAUCCAGGUCCUGGGGCAGCACGUGGAGUGCAGCCCAGCGCGGGGGCUGACCUGUUACAACCGCAAGCAGGCUUCAGGGCUCUGCCACAACUACCAGAUCAGGGUCCAGUGCUGCUUCCCCCGUACCUGCCCUACCUCUGGCGGUCAAACCCAGACCACCACACCUGUCCCAGGGACCACUACAACCACCCCGAGUACCCCUACACCUGUCCCAGGGACCACUACAACCACCCCGAGUACCCCUACUCCUGUCCCAGGGACCACUACAACCACCCCGAGUACCUCUACUCCUGUCCCAAGUACCCCUACACCUGUCCCAGGGACCACUACAACUGUGAAAAACACUCCGUUGACCCCGAGGCCAAUGCCAGUUUCAACGACACCUGAACCUUGUUUACAAAAGUUGUGCAACUGGACCCAAUGGUUCGACAGCAGCUACCCUGGUCCUGGCAUAAACGGUGGAGAUUUCGACACUUUUCAUGACUUGAGAGCCAAAGGACAUAAAUUCUGUGAAAAGCCCAGCAACGUGGAGUGUAGGGCACAGUUCUUCCCAAACAUCCCACUGGAGGAGCUGGGGCAGGACUUGAUCUGUGACAAGAGCCUGGGGCUGUUAUGCCUCAACAGGAACCAGUUGCCGCCGAUCUGUUAUAACUAUGAAAUCCGGAUCGAGUGCUGUGAGCUGGUGGAUGUGUGCAGAAGCACCACACACCCUGUGACGUCUGAGACCACGUAUUCCACCCGAGAGGAACCCGGGACCCAGACACAGCUUACCUGGACCACCGGAAUCCCCUCGUCUCCCACACGGCACAGCACCGCCAGCUCCGUGCACACGCACCCCACAACCAGCAUCACAACCGGCACACACUCAGUCUCCCCAGCCGUGACCAUCCCCUGCCAGCCACAGUGCACGUGGACCAAGUGGUUCGACGUGGACUUCCCGUCCCCUGGGCCCCACGGAGGAGACACGGAAACCUUCGGCAACAUCGUCAGAAGGGGAGAGAAAAUCUGUCGCCGGCCCGAGUACAUCACGCGGCUGGAGUGCCGGGCCGAGAGCCACCCCGAGGUCAGCAUCGAGACGCUGGGCCAGGUGGUAGAGUGCAACGUCAGCAAGGGCCUGGUGUGCCGGAACCGGGACCAGGGUGGCGACGUCAGGAUGUGCCUCAACUACGAGGUCCGCGUGCUGUGCUGUGAGCCCCCGGAGUACUGCUCUACCCACAAAACUGUCGGAGUACCUCACACUUCAAGCGUUAGCACCACCAGGCUAACUGAAACCACCUCCCACCUGGUGACAUCCAGCUCAACCUCCGUGCCGAAAACCAGCUCAACCUCGGUGACAGAAACCAGCCCAACCUCGGUGACAGAAACCAGUUCAACCUCGGUGACAGAAACCAGCUCAACCUCCGUAACAGAAACCAGGCCAACCUCGGUGAAAGAGACCAGCUCAACCUCGGUGACAGAGACCAGCCCAACCUCGGUGACAAAAACCAGGCCAACCUCGGUGACAGAAACCAGCUCAACCUCGGUGACAGAGACCAGCCCAACCUCGGUGACAAAAACCAGGCCAACCUCGGUGACAGAAACCAGCUCAACCUCAGUGACAGAAACCAGGCCAACCUCUGUGACAGAGACCAGCCCAACCUCGGUGACAGAGACCAGCUCAACCUCGGUGACAGAGACCAGCCCAACCUUGGUGACAGAGACCAGCCCAACCUCGGCCAACCUUGGUGACAGAAACCAGCUCAACCUCGGUGACAGAGACCAGCCCAACCUCGGUGACAGAAACCAGCUCAACCUCGGUGACAGAAACCAGCUCAACCUCGGUGACAGAAACCAGCCCAACCUCGGUGACAGAAACCAGGCCAACCUCGGUGACAGAGACCAGCUCAACCUCGGUGACAGAGACCAGUCCAACCUCGGUGACAGAGACCAGCUCGACCUCGGUGACGGAAACCAGCUCAACCUCAGUGACAGAAACCAGCUCAAUCUCAGUGACAGAAACCAGGCCAACUUCGAGACCAGCCCAACCUCGGUGACAGAGACCAGCCCAACCUCGGUGACAGAAACCAGCCCAACCUCUGAGCCCAAACGCAGCACAACCUCUGGUCCUACAAUGAGCACAAGCCCUGUUCUCAAAACUGAAACAACCCACUUCACACCAGUGACCAUCCCCUGCCAGCCACAGUGCAGGUGGACCAAGUGGUUCGACGUGGACUUCCCGUCCCCGGGGCCCCACGGAGGAGACGCGGACACCCUCGGCAAUAUCGUCAGAAGGGGAGGGAAAAUCUGUCGCCGGCCCGAGUACAUCACGCGGCUGGAGUGCCGGGUCGAGAGCCACCCCGAGGUCAGCAUCGAGACGCUGGGCCAGGUGGUAGAGUGCAACAUCAGCAAGGACCUGAUGUGUCGGAACCGGGACCAGAGUGGCGAGGUCGGGAUGUGCAACUACGAGGUCCGCGUGCUGUGCUGUGAGCCCCCGGAGCACUGCCCUCGUACUUCUGUGGCGCCUUACGCGACUCCAUCCACCAAGCCCUCGUCCCCUCCAGAACCGACCUCCGUGGUGUCCACCACGACGUGUUACUGCAGUGUGUCUGACAAGUUCUACCGCGCAGGAUCCAUCAUUUACAACCGGACCGACCUCGACGGCCACUGCUAUUAUGCCACGUGCAGCCUGGACUGCCACGUGGUCAGGACGCACUACACCUGUGCCAGCGGCACGACACCUCCCGUCCCAACCACCUCCCCGGCCGGGUCCUCCCCUUCAGCCUCCGCGCCCGUCACCGCGAAGGGGUGCCCAAACGCGGUUCCCCCAAGAAGGAAAGGCGAGACCUGGGCCAUGCCCAACUGCUCUCAGGCCACCUGCGAGGGCAACGGCGUCAUCACCCUGCAGCCGCGGCCGUGCCCGCAGAUGCAGCGGCCGGUGUGCGCCAACGGCUACCCGCCCGUGAAGGUCGUCGACCCCGACAGCUGCUGCCCGCACUACCGGUGCCAGUGUGUGUGCAGCGGCUGGGGCGACCCCCACUACAUCACCUUCGACGGCACCUACUACACGUUCCUGGACAACUGCACGUACGUGCUGGUGCAGCAGAUCCUACCCGUGUACGGCCACUUCCGCGUGCUCAUCGACAACUACUUCUGCGGGGCGGAGGACGGGCUCUCCUGCCCGCAGUCCAUCAUCGUCGAGUACCGGCAGGACCGCGUCGUGCUGACCCACAAGCCCGUGCUCGGGGUGAUGACCAACGAGAUCAUCUUCAACGACAAAGUGGUCAAGCCCGGCUUCCAGAAGGACGGCGUGAGUGUCUCCCAGAUCGGCAUCAAGAUGUACCUGACCAUCCCCGAGCUCGGCGUCCAGGUCAUGUUCUCCGGCCUCAUCUUCUCGGUGGAGCUGCCUUUCAGCAAGUUCGCCAACAACACCGAGGGGCAGUGCGGCACCUGCACCAAUGACAAGAAGGAUGAGUGCCGUCUCCCCGGGGGCACCGUGGUGCCCUCCUGCUCUGAUAUGUCCGGCCACUGGAAGGUGACGACGCCCCACCAGCCGCCCUGCCACGGGCCACCCCCAAAGCCCACUGCAGUCGGGCCCACGCCCUCGCCCGCCCCCUGCCUGCCUUCGCCGAUCUGCCAGCUGAUUCUGAGCGAGGUCUUCGAGCUGUGCCACCCUCUGAUCCCCCCGCUGGCAUUCUACCAAGGCUGCACCUUCGACCACUGCCACCUGAACGACUCCAACGUGCUGUGCUCUAGCCUGGAGCUGUAUGCGUCCCUCUGCGCCUCCCGAGGCGUGUGCAUCGACUGGAGGCGCCACACCAACCACACGUGCUCGUUCACCUGCCCUGCUGACAAGGUGUACCUGCCGUGUGGCCCGUCCAAGCCCUCAUACUGCUAUGGGAGUGACAACACAAGCCUCGUGGCUCUUCAGGACACUGUCCCCAUCACAGAAGGCUGCUUCUGUCCAGAGAACAUGACGCGUUUCAGCAUGAGCUCUCCAGUCUGCGUGCCUGCGGACUGCCACACCUGUGACACCAGCUACUGCCCCAAGCCCGUGGCCUGUCCCGAGGGCUCCCACCCGGUCGUGACCUAUACGGAGGGGGCCUGCUGCCCCAGCCAGAACUGCAGCUGGGACGUCUGCAGCGUUAACGGUACCUUGUACCAGCCCGGCUCCGUGGUCUCCUCCAGUCUGUGCGAAACGUGCAGGUGCGAGGUGUCCAGCAGUCCCCAGUUGGACACGGUCAUCAUCAGCUGUGAGACCCAGAUUUGCAACACCCACUGCCCUGCGGGCUUCGAGUAUCAGGAGCAGAGUGGGCAGUGCUGUGGCCGGUGUGUGCAGCAGGCCUGUGUCGUGAACGCCAGUGACAGUUCCACCCGCAUCUUCUAUCCCGGCCAGUCCUGGCCAGACCCCACGAACCCGUGUGUGACCCACGAGUGUGAGAAGCACCGGGACGGGCUCGUGGUGGUGACCAGGAAGAAGGCGUGUCCCCCACUCAACUGCCCUGCGGCCCAGGCCCAGCUGAGCGAGGACGGCUGCUGUCUCGCCUGUCCCCCGCCCCAACCUCGGAACCAGUCGGCCUGUGCGGUAUACUACAAGCCUGAGGUCAUCGUGCAUGGAGAUUGCAGGUCCCCGCGGCCCAUGAGGGUGGCCUACUGCCAGGGCAACUGUGGGGACAGCAGUGCCAAGUACUCGCUGGAGGCCAACACCAUAGAGCAGAACUGCAGCUGCUGCAGGGAGCUGCGGGUGUCGCCGACGACGGUGACCCUGCGCUGCAAGGACGGCUCCAGCCGAACCUUCGGCUACACCCUGGUGAAGGAGUGCGGCUGUGUGGGGCAGCGGUGCGGCCCCCGCGACAACCUAAGCCAUUCGGAGGACCCGGGGCCCUUGCAGAGUGACGAGGAGCAGAGCCAGGAGACGGGGCACACGGGCUGGAGGAGGGGGUCCAGCAGCCCUCGGAGCUCCCGGCCACCUCCCUCCGGGACCCAAUCUGCCGAGAACCUCCAUGUUCCUAAAGCCCCGCCCCCUCGUCCUCAGACGGGCCCCUUCCCCCCACCACCCCCCCACCCCGUGCAGAGACGCACCAGCCCCACAGCAGCACCCGGGCGUAUGGACAGGGCCAGCCCUUGGUCCAAAGACCUGGCCAGGCCAGUCCCAGGGGCAGGGGACGGGCUGCAGGCCCCGAGGCGGCCCUCCUGGGGCAGCACGUUCGGCGCCGGGAGCCGCUCCGCUGACCGGCUGACCCCGCAGCUGUGGGCGGCACCCGACCCGGUGCCGCUGACCCCCCCGAGGGGAUCAGGUGUCAGGGCGCGCCACCUCUUCCUGUGGAGGCUGCAGAUGACGCGCCCACCUACAACAGAAUGGCCAGAAGCCGCCGGGACCACUGCACCCCGGCUCGGCAGAGGGACUCACGACCCCGGACACCGCUGGGAACGUCAACAGGGCGCCGAGAACGACCGUUCCAGAGGGGAACACGCGGGGCACGGAACAGGACCCCACGAAGGAGCGGAGGCGAGGGCGCUGCCCAGGCGCGUGUCUGUGAGUCGUCUGACCCACGUGGCCCAGGCGGAGCUGCCUCGGUGUGGUCUGGGGAGGCGCGUGGCAGACGCGCGGUGUCAGGGCUGCCGCGACGUCCGGGUCCACGCGACAAAGGGCGCAGCGAUGUGGGGGCCGGGGUGCACGCUGGCGGGCGUAGCACAGCAGCCCCCGUGCGCCGGAGGGGCUCCUGCCCGCUCAGCGGCCUGGCGGGACCGGGCACAGUCUGUGCGGCUGCAGGCGUGGCUGAGGGGGGCCAGGACAGGCGGACAGGUGGCCGAGGUGGGCGUCGGGGUCAGCGAGGACCGGGCCUCAGCUCUGAGUGAGGGGGCCCUGGGGGUGUGGACAGAAGCGGUCGGGCUCAGCCUUGUCCUUCAGACCCCCGCUGCCGGAAGAAGGGUCAUCACAGACGGCUGUCCCUGGCGGUGUCCACGCCUCUCCUCUCCGGGCAUCGGGGAAAUGGAGUCUCUCCAGCAACAGCUGGGCUGGUUUCGCGGCUCCGAUCCUGGAGAAGAAGGCGCACGGCUCAUUUGUCUGCCCGUGGGCGCACAUCACACGCCCGCACAGUCCCGGCGUGACGUGCGGAUGUGGACGCAAGAUGGGGCACCGCAGCCCUGGGAACAGCAGAGGCCCCUCCUCCAGAGGGCCCUUCCUGGGCACAGGGGCGUGGCCCUGACCCUCACCCAGAAACGCACAGCCCAGCCGCGCCAGCUGGGGAGCGGGGCCUUCGUGGCUCCCAGUCGGGGCAGUACUGGGGUUGAGACACCAGCCCCUGGUGUCCCAUCAGCCCUGCUGGGGGCCCUCCAGGGGCACAUCGGCGUGUGCGUGCAUCGGCCGGGGCGCAGCCUGCCCUCAGGGGAGGGUCCUGGCGUGUCAGGGACCUGGAGAACAAUAGCUUCCUUUGUGCCACCCCGCCUCAGGUCACCGAGCCAGCCUCAGGAGCGAGCUGACCCCAGCCCAGCUGAGCAGGAGCCCCAGGCCCCCAGCGAUGACAGCCUCACGUCGCUCCCCACUCCUCAGGGACCUGCGGUCAGCGCCCCGGGCCAGUGCCCCAGGCUGCCCGAUGGCAGAGGCCUUGUCCCCUCCAGUCCCGUCUCUCAGCCUCAGCCAGGCUCCGGGGCCAGGGGGCUCAACAUGGGGACUGAGUGUGUGGGCGUGCUGACCACCUCCCCACUGCAGACCCAGGGCAGCACGGAGCCUGCUGUGAACAGUCGGAGGGUGGACGUCGCUCGGAGCAUGACCAUCAUCCCGCCCAUCACCGUCUUCCCCACCAUAAGCUCCAUGAACGCCGCGCACAACGGGCGGGUGUGCAGCACCUGGGGCGACUUCCACUAUAAGACCUUCGACGGGGACGUCUUCCGCUUCCCGGGCCUGUGCAACUACGUCCUCUCCAUGCACUGCGGGGCCGCCUACGAGGACUUCAACAUCCAGGUCCGCCGCGGCCUGGCCGGCUCCAGGCCUACCAUCACCCACAUCAUCCUCAAGACCCAAGGGCUGGUGCUGGAGGCCUCCAACGGCUCGAUCCUCAUCAACGGGCAGCGGGAGGAGCUGCCCUACAGCCGCGCUGGCGUCCUGGUAGAGGAGAGCAGUGUCUACAUCAAGGUUGACGUCCGGCUGGUGCUAACCUUCCUGUGGAACAGAGAGGAAGCUGCCCUGCUGGAGCUGGACCCCAAGUACGCCAACCAGACGUGUGGUCUGUGUGGGGACUUCAACGGACUCCGGGCCGUCAACGAGUUCUAUGCCCAUAACGCCAGGCUGACCCCUCUCCAGUUUGGAAAUCUCCAGAAGCUGGAUGGGCCCACAGAGCAAUGCCAGGACCCCCUACCUUCCCCCGCCAACAACUGCACGGAUAGGGAGGGCAUCUGCCACCGCACCCUGUUGGGCCCGGCCUUCUCGGAGUGCAACACGCUGGUGGACCCUGCCGUGUACGUGGCCGCCUGCACCCAGGAUCUGUGCCGCUGCCCGGACUGCCCGUGUGCCACCUUCGCCGAGUACUCCCGCCAGUGUGCCCAUGCAGGGGGACAGCCCCAGAACUGGAGGGGCCCUGACCUCUGCCCCUGGACCUGCCCCCUCAACACACAGCAGCGGGAAUGCGGCUCGCCCUGCGCGGACACCUGCUCCAACCCAGAGCGCUCCCAGCUCUGCGAGGACCACUGUGUGGAUGGCUGCUUCUGCCCCCCAGGCACGGUGCUGGAUGACGUCACCCACACGGGCUGCCUGCCCCUAGAACAGUGUCCAUGCACCCACGGCGGCCACACCUACGCCCCGGGGGCCUCCUUCACCACCAGCUGCAGCUCCUGGUACGCCUCCUGGCUGCCCCUGCCCUUGGGCGGGUCCCACAUCUCCACCUACGAUGAGAGACUCUACGAUGUGCAUGGGGACUGCAGCUACGUCCUGUCCAAGAAAUGUGCAGGCAACGGCUUCACUGUGUUGGCCGAGCUGCGGAAAUGUGGCCUGACGGACAACGAGAACUGCCUCAAAAUGGUGACGCUCAGCGUGAACGGCGGGGACACGAUCAUCCAGAUCCAGGCCAGCGGCGGGGUAUUCAUGAACUCCGUGCACACGCGGCUGCCUGUGUCAGCAGCCAACAUCACCAUCUUCAGGCCUACGUCCUUCUUCGUCCUGGUGCACACGGGCCUCGGGCUGCAGCUGCAGGUUCAGCUGGUGCCCCUCAUGCAGGUGUUCCUCAGGCUGGACCCCUCCUAUCACGGACAGAUGUGCGGCCUGUGCGGGAACUUCAACCAGAACCAGGCCGAUGACUUCCGGACCCUCAGCGGCGUGGUGGAGGGCACGGCCGCCGCCUUCGCCAACACCUGGAAGACCCAGGCCGCCUGCCCCAACGUCAAGAACAGCUUCGAGGACCCCUGCUCCCUCAGCGUGGAGAACGAGAACUACGCCCAGCACUGGUGUUCCCUGCUGACCGACCCUGCCGGAGCCUUCUCGCCCUGUCACUCUGUCCUCAACCCUGCACCCUUCCACUCGCACUGCAUGUUCGACACGUGUAACUGUCAGAAGAGCGAGGACUGUCUGUGUGCGGCCCUGUCCUCCUACGUGCACGCCUGUGCCGCCAAGGGGGUGCUGCUCAGAGCCAAGUAUGUGAGCAGCUGCCCCAAGUCCCAGAACUACAGCUAUGUGGUGGCCGGCUGCCAGCCCACCUGCCGCGCUCUGAGCCAGGUCGACGUCACCUGCGGCAUCACCUUCGUGCCUGUGGACGGCUGCAUCUGCCCCUCGGGCACCUUCCUGGAUGACUCGGGUGUCUGCGUGUCCGCUGAGGCCUGUCCCUGCUACUUCCGUGGCUCUGCAGUGGCCCCGGGGGAGGUGGUGCAUGACGACAGCGUGGUGUGCUCGUGCGUGGGUGGGAAGCUGAGUUGCCUGGGAGCAGCGGAGCACAGGAGCUCAGGGUGCGCGGCCCCCAUGGUGUACCUGGACUGCCGCAACGUCUCCGCCGGCGCGCCCGGGGCCGAGUGUCUCAGGAGCUGCCACACGCUGGACGUGGACUGUUUCAGCACUCACUGCGUGUCCGGCUGCGUCUGCCCCCCGGGGCUGGUGUCGGACGGGAGCGGAGGCUGCGUGGCGGAGGAGGACUGUCCUUGUCUGCACAACGAGGCCGCCUACAAGCCCGGGGAGACCAUCAGGGUCGACUGUAACACCUGCACGUGCAGGAGCCGCAGGUGGGAAUGCAGCAGCAAGGCCUGCCUGGGCACCUGCGUGGCCUACGGGGACGGCCACUUCAUCACCUUCGAUGGCGAGCGCUACAGCUUUGAAGGAAGUUGCGAGUACACGCUGGCGCAGCCUGACCCCUCCCUGUCCCAGGACUACUGUGGGGGCAAUGGCACCGGCACCACAAAUGGGACUUUCCGCGUCGUCACCGAAAACGUCCCCUGUGGGACCACGGGUGUCACCUGCUCUAAGGCCAUCAAGCUCUUCCUGGAGAACUAUGAGCUGAUCCUGCGUGAGGGCACCCACAAGGUGGUGCAGAGGGGGCCGGGCGGAGACCUGCCGUACAAGGUCCGGUACACGGGCGUCUACCUGACUGUCGAGACCCGCAGCGGCAUGGUGGUGUCCUGGGACCGAAAGACCAGCGUGUUCAUCCGACUACAGCAGGGCUACAAGGGCCGGGUCUGCGGGCUGUGCGGGAACUUUGACGACAAUGCCGUCAAUGACUUCACCACGCGGAGCCAGUCCGUGGUGGGCAACGCCCUGGAGUUUGGCAACAGCUGGAAAUUCUCCCCGUCCUGCGCCGACGCCCCGGCCCCCAGGGACGCCUGCGCUGCCAACCCGCACCGCAAGUCCUGGGCCCAGAAGCAGUGCAGUGUCCUCAACAGCGCCACCUUCGCCGCCUGCCAUUCUCAGGUCGACUCCACCAAGUAUUACGAGGCCUGCGUGGGCGACACGUGUGCCUGUGACUCCGGGGGCGACUGUGAGUGUCUCUGCACGGCCGUGGCCGCCUACGCCCAGGCCUGCCGCGACGUGGGCGUGUGCGUGUCCUGGCGGACCCCGGACAUCUGCCCCUUGUUCUGCGACUACUACAACCGCGAGGGCCAGUGCGAGUGGCACUACCAGCCGUGCGGCGCGCCCUGCAUGAGGACCUGCCGGAACCCGAGCGGCCGCUGCCUGACCGACCUGCCGGGCCUGGAAGGCUGCUACCCAAAGUGCCCGCCCAGCGAGCCGUUCUUCAACGAGGACCGGAUGAAGUGCGUGGCCCAGUGCGGCUGCUACGAUGAGGAUGGGGACUACCACGACGUGGGCGCGAGGGUCCCCACGGCAGAGAACUGCCAGAGCUGCGAAUGCACGGCCGGCGGCCUCCGGUGCGCGCACAGCCUCGAAGCGUGCACCUGCACCUACGAGGGCAGGACCUACCAUUUCGAGGACGUCAUCUACAACACGACCGACGGGCUCGGUGCCUGUUUGAUCGCCAUCUGUGGAAACAAUGGGACCAUCAUUCGGAGGGCUGUGGAAUGUCCCGGAACCCCGUCCACGACCCCCUUCACCUUCACCACCACCGUGACACCCCUCUCCACAACAGGCUCGGUCCCCACCUCCUCCACUGUGUGUGUGCGAGAAGUGUGCUAUUGGUCCGGCUGGCAUGACAGCAGCCAUCCAGAGCCUGGCCUGCCAGGUGGAGACUUUGAGACGUUUGUGAACCUGAGGCAGAGGGGCCAUGAGGUCUGCCCAGCCCCAGUGGCCAUUGAGUGCCGGGCACAGAAAUUCCCCCACGUCCCGCUGCAGCUCCUGGGCCAGAAAGUGGAGUGCGACGUGGCCCGUGGGCUGACUUGCCUCAACGGUGAGCAGAGCCACCAGCUAUGCUAUAACUAUGAGCUGCAAGUCCUCUGCUGUGACCACGUGCCCUGUGGCACCUCCCCUGGUGCCACCACCCAGCAGCCACCCGUCAGCUCCCUGACUGGCCCCACCUUCCAGUCCACGGGGGCCCCCACCGUCCAGUCCACGGGGGCCCCCACCGUCCAGUCCAUGCGGGCCCCCACCGUCCAGUCCACGGGGGCCCCCACCGUCCAGUCCACGCGGGCCCCCACCGUCCAGUCCACGCGGGCCCCCACCGUCCAGUCCACGCGGGCCCCCACCGUCCAGUCCACGGCGGCCCCCACCGUCCAGUCCACGCGGGCCCCCACCGUCCAGUCCACGCUGGCCCCCACCGUCCAGUCCACGGCGGCCCCCACCGUCCAGUCCACGGGGGCCACAACCACGACAGGGACCCGGACACUAAGCUCCUCGGCCUCGGCCACCACCGCCUGUCAGCCCCGGUGUCGGUGGACAGAGUGGUUCGAUGAGGACUACCCCAAGUCCGAGGAGGCCGGGGGGGACGUUGAGUCGUAUGACAAGAUCAGGAGGGCAGGAGGGGCCGUGUGCGAGCAUCCGGAGGACAUCGAGUGCCAGGCCGAGAUCUUCCCCGGCACGAGCCCCGCAGAGCUGGGCCAGCACGUGCACUGCGACCCCAGCUUCGGCCUGGUGUGCAGGAACGCGGAGCAGGCGGGCCUGUUCAAGAUGUGCUACAACUACAGGAUCCGUGUGCUCUGCUGCAGCCGCGACCACUGCGCAGGGCCCACCGCCACCGCCGCCACCACCGCCGGGCCGUGGACUCGGACGAGCCCUCAGGGGACCCCGUGGCACCCCUCGACGGGACCCACCCUGGCGUCAGGGACGACACCCACCCAUGUGGCUCCCACCGUCACAAGAGCAGCGGGCGCAACAGGCACCGGCACCAUCAGCCCACCGUCCACAGAGACGACCACGCCAACAACAAAGACGUCGCCGGGAACCCCGGGAACCGGGCCCACCACCGGCCAGGGCACGACCGGCUGUCAGCCCCAGUGCGAGUGGACAGACUGGUUUGACGUGGACUUCCCGACCUCAGGGGUGGAGGGCGGGGACAUGGAGACCUUCGACAACAUCAGGGCCGCCGGGGGCAAGCUGUGCCGGGAGCCCAAGGACGUACAGUGCCGGGCAGAGAGCUACCCCGAGGUCAGCAUCGACCAGAUCGGGCAGGUGAUCAGCUGCAGCCUGCAGACAGGGCUGGUCUGUAGGAACGCGGACCAGAAGGGCCAGUUCAACAUGUGCUUCAACUAUAACGUCCGGGCGCUCUGCUGCCAGCCCUCCCCCCACUGCCCCACCUCCGCGGCCCCCAGCACCAGCAGCACUGCCGCUGGGGCUGUGACGUCACCGGGACCAGGGGCCUCCACCAGAGCAGUAACCCGGUCCCAGGCCUCUUCCCCCAGGAACACCCUGAUGGUCACUGUCCCCACCUCCCAGACAGGUCCCUCCUCCCCCGGGACCACCCAGACCCUUCCUCCUUUGUCUGGGACCACCCAGAUCCUUCCUUCUUCCCCCAGGACCACCCGGACCGCUCCUUCUUCUGGAACCACCUGGAGGGUCACUGUCCCCACCUCCCAGACAGCAUCCAGCAGCACACACUUCACCACCGGCUGCCUCUGCCGGGCAUACGGGCAGCUCUUCUCUCCCGGGGAUGUGAUCUACAACAAGACGGACAGUGCGGGCUGCCACUUCUCUGCCGUCUGCAACCAGCGCUGUGACAUUGACCGCUUCCAGAGCACCUGCCCCACCUCCUCACCCCCAGCAACCUCGGCCCCCCUGUCCCCCUCCUCCGCAGUUCCUCCCUGCGACCUCCUUGUCCCUCCCCGACAGGUGAACGAGUCCUGGACCCUGCCGGACUGCACGGUGGCCCGGUGUGAAGGCAACAACCGCAUGGUGCUUCUGGAGCGGAAGUCAGCGGCCAGUGUGAGCUGCGUGAAUGGGCAUCGGCCAGUCAGAGUGUGGCAGGGGAGCGAGCCGUGUGACUUCCGUUUUGAGUGCGAGUGCUUGUGCAGCGGCUGGGGUAACUCUCACUACAACACCUUUGACGGCACCUCCUACUCCUUCGUGGACAACUGCACCCACGUGCUCAUGCGGGAGAUCCGCCCGCGCCACGGGAACCUCAGCAUCUACAUGCACAACUACUACUGUGGGGCCACCUCAGCCACUGCCCAGUGUCCCCGCGCCCUCAGCACCCGCUAUAAGUCCACGGAGGUCAUCCUCACCACCAGCACCGGCGCCAACGGGCAGGAGGAGCCCCUGAUAUUGUUUGACCGCAAGCAAGUGAGCCCGGGCUUUGCAAAGAACGGCGUGAGUGUGUCCGUGACAGGCACCACCACGAUGGGCAUCGACAUUCCUGCCCUCAAUGUCAGCAUCAGCUUCGACGGGCACGUCUUCCAGGUCCGGCUGCCCUACACCCACUUCAGCCACAACACGGAGGGCCAGUGCGGCACCUGCACCAACAGCCAGACAGACGACUGCCGCCAGCCAGACGGCACCACCGCCCCCACCUGCCAAGACAUGGCCCCUACCUGGCUGGUCAGGGAGAGCGGCAGGGAGGACUGCGGGGCACCCACCCCCCAGCCCCCGGUACCCGCCACGCCCACCUCCUCCCCAUGCCCCCCGGCACCUCUCUGCGAGCUGUUGCUGAGCCCGGUCUUCGCAGAGUGCCACGGCCUCAUCCCGCCGGGCCCGUUCUUCAGUUCCUGCAUCAGUGAUGGCUGCCAAGCCGACCGCCAGGCGCCCUGCAAGAGCCUGGAGGCCUACGCAGCACUCUGCCGUGCCCAGGGCGUGUGCAGCAGCUGGCGCGACGCCACCGGCGGGCUGUGCAACUUCACCUGUCCGUCCGGCAAGGUGUACCAGCCGUGUGGCCCCGCACAGCCCGUGUCCUGCGGCUCCAGGCGCCAGAGCGAGGUGGGCAAGGGGCUGGCGGAAGGCUGCUUCUGCCCGGAUGGACACACCCUCUUCAACACGCACACAAACGUCUGCGUGCGCGAGUGCGGUAAGCACCCGCCUCGGCUGCCCUGA